CCGGUUAGCACAGCCGGCUAAAAAUAAACCCGACUGACAGCUUCCCUUCUCGGGCAGAGAAGCACCGUGUACCGGCUCCUGGUUUUAUAAGACUUAUUAAAGCUUAAACUUUAAUGUCGUAGUCUUUGGUUUGUCUUGGCGAAGUCACUUUAUGUUCUAGCAGAUACACUUCGCUAACUAGAUCUGAAAUGCUGCAUUCACGUGAGAGAGAGAGGAUCUGAAAUGUGAUGAGAAAGCGGAACAGCUCUGAGGACAGAGGGACCACCAGCUCUCUGCUGGAGAGCGACCCGGACCUGAAGCAGCGGCCGGGCAGAGAGACACCAGAGUCCGCAGAGAGAGGACCGCAGGGCCCGGGGGGGGAGAUGGGGAAACCGUUCAAGAGGCUGGGUGUGGUGGGGAAGCUGAAGAGGCUGCUGUUGUGGCUGCUCGUCGUCUACAUCUCCAUCCCCUUCAUCGUCAAACUGUGCCCCUCCAUCCAGGCCAAGAUCGUCUUCCUCAACUUCAUGAGGAUGCCCUUCUUCAUCGACCUGAAGAGACCUCAGGACCAGGGCUUAAACCACACACACAACUUCUACCUGCAGCCGGAGAGCGGGGUCAACAUCGGAGUCUGGCACACAGUUCCCGCUCAGCUGUGGAGAGACGCUCAGGGGAAACACGGCGACUGGUACGACGCCACGCUAAGCUCCGCCCACUCUGCCAUCCUCUAUCUCCAUGGAAACGCAGGGACCAGAGGAGGAGACCACCGGGUCCAGCUGUACAAGGUCCUCAGCUCCUCGGGGUACCACGUGCUCACCUUCGACUACAGAGGGUGGGGGGACUCGGACGGCUCCCCCUCUGAGGGGUUGAUGACAUCAGACUCUCUCUUCGUCUACGAUUGGCUGAAACGGCGGCUGGACGCCAAAACGCCGCUUUACAUCUGGGGACACUCUCUGGGGACGGGAGUCGCCACCAACCUGGUCAGAUGUCUGUGUGACAGAGGAAGUCCUCCUGACGCUCUGAUCUUAGAAUCUCCGUUCACCAACAUCAGAGAGGAAGCCAGGAGCCACCCCUUCUCCAUGGUGUACAGAUACCUACCUGGAUUUGAUUGGUUCUUCCUAGACGCCAUCACAGCCAAUAACAUCCGCUUCGCCAGCGACGAGAAUGUGAAUCACAUGUCCUGUCCGGUGCUGAUCCUCCACGCUGAGGACGACAGCGUGGUGCCUUUCCACCUCGGCAAAAAGCUGUACAGCAUGGCCUCUCAGUCCCUCAGCCUCAGCGGACACAAAGUGCAGUUUGUCCCGUUCCCCCCCACUCUCAACUACAAACACAAGUUCAUCUACAGGAGCCCGGAGCUGCCCACCAUCCUCAGUGAUUUCCUCGGCACAGCUCACCAACAGACGGACGAUUCAGCCUGAAAACACACACACACACACACACACACACACACACACAUUAGUUUUGGACUGAAUAUUCUGGCAUGAACUACACACACGUCAUUCCUCUUUAUUCCACGUCAGCAUUCCUCUCUCAGCGACAGGGCUUUGAACCGUGGAGCGAGGAGGACGGCCAGCAUCACACAGAACCACCACUUCCUGUUCAGCACUUCCUCCUGAUUCUUUACCGUCGGUGUGAUUUGAAAUGAUCCUCUUCGGGUCCAUCUGAUCAUGGCUCUCUUCAGGGUGCAGGUUUAGUUUUAAAGGCCUGUUUGACUUGAAUCAUCAUUAAAUAUUCUGGGUUUGA